AUGCCCCAACCAUUUGUGUUUCCCAACCCCAGGGACGACUCCUUCCACCCCAGCGAUGAUGACGGCUAUCCCUACAACCGCAUGACUCGAACUGAGGAUAUAGAAGCAAAACCAAGCGGUUUCAAGGGUGUUUGGUGCGAAGCCACCUUCCCUCGUCCCUAUAUCCCCGCUAGAGAACUCCUCGCAAAUGUCGACGCAACCCAGAAGUCUAUGAUCCUGGCAAAACCUGAAGAAUACAUUCCCCUCACUGUCUUUGGUGGUGGUGCUUUCUACAGACAGUACGAAACAUUCAAGGAAUCCCACCUCAUCCUCCAACAAUGGCUUAGAGACGCGGAAUUCCCAGAUGAGCAAUCGAAAAACCUCAAAGUCCAUGUUCUAGCAGCGGAAAGAAAGGUCUACUCAGCUUUUGAGCUCCCUAACACCAUCAUUCUCGAAGGGGCGACCCCUGACGUCCGCAAGUGGAUUGAGAACAUCGCCGUGCUCUCCCUUGCAUCUCCAGGUGCCACUUUUUUCGCUCACUCUUUCGACAAAGAGAACGUAUCGUGGGUUGUGAUGAAUCUCCAAGCGGGUACCAACAGCCAGGUCGUCGAUGACCCUGUGUUCAUGAAAGAAGUUCUAGCUGUAGUCCUCGAGACUCUGUGGAAGAACAAAGGCGUCCUUGGCUGGUUUAAGAAGUUCAUCCAGACUCGUUCGUCUGACCCCCAACUGAUGGGCAAAACAGUUGAGCAAGUACUCUACGACGUCACCAAGACAUACCGCAUCACUUACAUUACGAGCGGAAAUGCUCAGAAGAAAAUUGAGGCCCGCUAUCAAAUCCAUGGUCGCCAACCUACCGAUAACCCGAAGGAACUACACUUCCUAGCCGAAAGUCUCCGAAAGAUCGUUUUCAACGUUGGUUUCAGCCAAUACUCGGUCGACAAGAGGAUCAUCAAGUGCGUUUGGUGUGGUCAAUCGAACCAUGCUCGCUUCACGUGCCCCUACCCCCAAAUCCCUGGCUUCCUCGGAAUGAACGAUGACGAGAUGAAGAAGUUUUUCGAUGAAGCAAUGAGAUGGGAUCAGAGUGCUGCCUCUCAAAAGGAAAAGGAGAAGGCUAGGAAAGCGAGAGGGGAGAAAGACCCCCUCCCAGACGAUGGAUUCUCCUUGGUUCGAGGGACAUCAUUCAGGGCAAAUUUCAGGACGAACUUCGGGCGCGGUAACACACCGAGAGGCUUGAGAGGCUCCAACAAUUACCGUGGAAACUACCGAGGUGGAUAUCACGGAGGAAAUGAUAACAGUUUUCGAGGGGGAGGAUAUAGAGGCUACUCUCGGGGAGAAUACCGAGGUAGCAGCUGUGGACCCCAUAGAGGGGGAGGCUACUCACGAGGAGGGCGCCAGAGCAACCCUCAAUAUGAGGACUACUAUUUUGUAGAAGGCGACGAGUAUUAA